AUGAGCGUCUCAAAGGUAAAUACUUCAUUAAAUUCAUCAAAUUAUUCAAAUACUUCGUCUCAGUUGGACAGUUAUGAAGACGUGCAAACGGCCAGUGUGCGAAAUUAUGUAAAAGAUUUGUUAAAAUCGCGAAUAUUCUUGGGUCGUUAUCUUGAAAGACGACUUGUUGAUGAACGUAUUGGAUAUCGGGACGUCGUAUUAAUUAGUCAAGCAGAAGUUGAGUUGAAGAAGGAUUUACAAGAAGCUCAACACAAACUUCAGGUUGUGCAUCCAAGCUCUCAUUGGAUUGGCAUCUCAGAUUCCGAAGUUUUGGGACAUAAUUCUGGUAUUUGUCUUUGGACAGAAAUAGAUAAUCAACCAUUAGGCGCUUUUUGGUUUCAAAUAAAAACCAUUAGAUUUAGACAAUUUGAAAUUAUUGUCAUAUUGAAAUGUGUAAGACACAUAACUGACGCAUUUUUAGAGUUAGAGCCAAUAUUGACAGGAGCGAUAGAAAAAUCCAAAAGUAACAAUACUACGAAACAAAUUAGUAAUGUAUCAUCACUCAGUGAUACAUAUGCUGAAAUAGCUAAAAAUGUUCAAGAUGCGUUCUCCAUAAAAAAUGCAAAGGAAUUCAUAACAUUUUUAUUUGCAUUUGUUAUUGCAAUUUUCACUGGUAGCACUGCUUUUAUAAACUUUCUAGGUAACUUUAUUUUAGCUUUAGUCAGGGAAAUUUCUAUUUUAGUAAAAAAUUCCACGCCUAUGUUUUUAGGAUUUUUAGAUUUCAUAAGUAAAAUAAUUGGUGGUUUUUACAUAUUGCUGGCCAUGUUAUUCAAGCCUAAUACGCCAAACCCUUUAAGUAAGAGAAACAUUGGAUAUUAUAAAAGAACUCCACAAAAAUAUGAAACUUAUGAUCAUAGAAAUUUUGACUAAUAUAUGCAAGUAUUAUUUUUUUUUUGUAAUAACUCUAAGAUCUCAAUUAUACCAUGUUUUAUUAUUUUUAUACAGUAAAUAAAUUAUUAUAAUGUUAUAUAAAAUUGGAAUUUGUUUAUAUUAUAAAUGCAGCUUUUAUUUACAUCUUUUUAUGUUGUGGUGUGCUCUCAUAAAAUUAUUUUGGGUAAGACUUGGUGUUUUAAUUGAUAUUAGUAAGCUUAGACUAGAAGCAGAUAAAAUGCAUAUUUAUUAUUCUAAAGAAGUUGUCUAAUUCCUUUAGUAUUCUAUAACAAUAUAAAACUUAACCACUGUGAUUAUCGAAAAAUCUAGUUAUUUAUGUAAAUUGGAUUUAGUCUCUCGGAGAUUUAAGAAAGUGAAGUGAGAAGUGAGAAAAUUAACACAGAUUAACUAUAAAACCAUUGUUUUAUUAUUGUUAUUGGUAUAAAUACUUUAUAGGUGUUUUAUUAUGCAUUUAUAAAAAAUUUUAUAUACUGGAUUUUGCUAUGUAAUCAAAGUAUAGCUGAUAUACAUUUGUGAAAAGAAAUAUAAAUCGUAUAUUAAUA